AUGAACACAUCAAUUAACAAUUCACAAACAAUGUUGAAAGAAAUCAGUGGAAAAAAAUAUUCCGUAGAUUAUCUGAAUAAAAUCUCUCAGUUAAAACCACAUCUGUUGGUCGUAUUAAAAGUUUUGCUGCCUGCCUUAAGCGCGAAAAAAAAACGAAUAAAAGUUGAAAUGAAAAUCUUUGUGAUGAUGCUUCAAACAAUUAAAUUUAAAAACUUAUUUUGUCAUGUCACAGAUAAUUCCAAGAACAACACUGGAAGUGAUGAGAAGAAUUUUUUAAUGAGAAGUGGGAACAUGUUGAGGACAUGUUGUCGAUUUUUAUCGUAA